GAGUCGGCCAUGGAGCCGGACCUGGGCCGGCAGCGCGACCAUCUGAGCAACGUGAUCGCCCAGUGGAACGCCAACCGGCUGGAUCUGUUCGAGCUGUCCGAGCCCAACGAGCAGCUCGAGUUCCAUGGAGUGAUGAGGUUUUACUACCAGGACUCGGGCCAGAAGGUGUGCACCAAGUGCAUCCGCGUGUCGUCGACGGCCACGGCCAGCGACGUCAUCGUGGCGCUGGCCGAGAAGUUUCGUCCGGACAUGCGCAUGCUCUCCACGCCUCGGUUCGCCGUCUACGAGAUCCACGAGAGUGGCGAGGAGCGUGAGCUGGCAAUGGACGAGAGGCCCCUUUACGUGCAGCUGAACUGGAACAAGGACGACCGUGAGGGACGCUUCCUCCUCAGAAACCUGGACGAAAAACCUUGGUCGCUGAAACCUGCGAAAGAUGCUGCGCCGGGAGAUGACAACUUUAAAAGGAAACUUAGCAGACGCGAGAAGAAACUACUCAAGAAGCAGGACAAAUUGCGGAGAAUGCAGAGCAACAACGAAAACGACCCGAGUGUGGCGGAGAAACUCUACUCCGAGCUGCCGGAGACGAGCUUCACGCGCUCCAUCAGCAACCCGGAGGCGGUGAUGCGACGCCGCCGCCAGCAGAAGCUGGAGAAGAAGCUGCACCAGUUCCGUAGCCGCGACGGCGGACCCGACACGGGCGGCACGUUGAAGAUAUACGGCGAGAGCCUGUGCAGUGAGGUCCCGUACAAGACGCUGCUGCUCUCCGUCACGGACGCGGCCGCCGCCGUCGUGGCCGAGAUGCUCGAGAAGUAUGGCAAGCAUGGCGAAGAUCCGGCCCAGUACGCCCUGGUGCAGGUGGUGACCCAGGAGCCGCAGCCGGAGACGGCCGAGUACCGCAGGCCGACCGGUCCCUUCAAGGAGUACGUGCUGGACGACGACGAGUGCCCGCUGGCUAUCCUGAUGAACCACCCGCCGAUGAGAGGCUCCAUCAUGUUCCACGUGCGCCGGCGGUCGGCCGACUAUCAGCCGCGGAAGCGCAAGAAGAAGCCGGCGCAGCCGACCAAUCUCUCGGACGUGGACCAUAGCUACCGCGGCCACGACGAGGCCAGCCUGCCGUUCCUGGUGGAGCUUAACACGGACGGAACUAACAUCCGACACACGGCGCCCAGGCGGCUCAGUCUGCACCUCAACGUCACCGAGGUGGGGAGCGAGCGGUCGCCGCAGGCGGCCGGCCAGUGCCUGCAGCUGACCGGCCACAACGUGCACCCGCGCCACUGCGUCAUCGCGCACACGGAGGGCAUCGUGACGGUGACGCCGUGCGGACGCGAGGCCGAGAUCUACGUCAACGGACAGCGCGUCUACGAGACCACCAUCCUGCAGCACGGCUCGGUGGUGCAGUUUGGCCGGGUGUACAAGUUCCGGUUCCUGGACCCGGCCCAGGAGGAGCGGCUGCGCGGCCGCCGGGAGAGUCUGCGCGGCCACGAGUCCUACAUGGAGAGGUCGACUACGUACGCCAGCUACGGCCGCGGCAGCGACCCCAUCCUGCCGGCGGUGCUCGAGUUCCGCGAGGAGACCGAAGACGCCUUUCUGCGCGCCGUCAUCACCCAGCUGGACCCGAGCAGUCUACAGUUCAAGCUUGCGCCCACCUACACGCUCUACAUGUCGGCCAGGUUCCGUGCGAGCACCCACUACCGGAGCGAGCUGACGCCGGACGAGCGGGCCACCAAGCUGACUGAGGUGCUGGCCAAGGUGUCCGACAUGGUGCACGACGUCAUCGAGAGCCGGCGGCUUAACGCCAAUGCGCUGGCCUUCUGGAUGGCCAACGCGUCCGAGUACCUGCACUUCCUGAAGCAGGACCGCCACGUCAGUCCGUACAGCCAGCUGGCGCAGGACAUCCUGGCCGAGGCGGUGCAGGCGGCCUUCAGGUACCUGGUGGACAGCGUACAGGCCGAACUGGUGAGCUCCAUCAGCCUCUUCCUGGAGGACCGCGACGACGCUAACGAGGAGGAAGGAACCACGGCUGAGGUGCUGAGCAUACUCGGCAACACCAUGGCCCUGCUGCGCCGCUGCCGCGUUAACGCGGCGCUGACCAUCCAGCUGUUCUCGCAGCUCUUCCACUACAUUAACAUGAGUGUCUUCAACCGCAUUGUCUCUUCCGGGCCAGUCAACUACUGUAGCAGGUUGUGGGGCGUGCGUCUGAAGCGACGCCUCAGCCGGAUAGAGCUGUGGGCCGACCGGCAGGGCUUGGAGCUGGCGGCCGACUGCCACCUGGGCCGCAUCGUGCAGGCCGCCCACCUGCUGACGGCACCCAAGGCGACCGUGGAGGACCUGAGCGUGGUCACCAGCUCCUGCUACCGACUGAAUUCGCUGCAGCUGCGCGCGCUGCUCGGCCGGUACCGGCCCGGCCGCGACGAGCCCUCCAUCGCGCCAGAGAUCAUCGAGAACAUCGUACGGAUGGCCGAAGGCACCUCUGACGAGCUGGCGCGCCAGGAUGGCCGCCAGGUGCGGCUGGAGGAGGAGCGCCACCUGCAGCUGCCCUUCCUGCUGCCCGAGGACGGCUACUCGUGUGACAUCGUCCGCGGCAUCCCCAACGGUCUGGCCGAGUUCAUCGCGCCGCUGCAGCACGCCGGCCUGGCCCGCAUGAACGAGCAGCCCACCAGCUGGGGCUAUUGGACCAUCUACAUGACCGACCAGGACCUCAGCAAGCUGCAGCCCCGCAGCCCGUCGGCGCUCUCGGUCCGCUCUUUGGCCGGCGUGGCGCCCUUCUCCGAGCCGGCCGUGCAGCAGAUCCGGCUCCACAAGACGGCCACCGGCAUGGGACUCAGCAUCGUGGCCGCCAAGGGCGUGGGUCUGGAGCGGCCCGGCAUCUACAUCAAGUCGGUGGUGCGGGGCGGUGCGGCGGACCUGGACGGGCGACUAGCGGCCGGCGACCAGCUCUGCCAGGUGGACGCCCACAGCCUGAUCGGCGUGACUCAGGAGCAGGCGGCCGAGUACAUGAUGCGCACCGGUCCGGUGGUGAACCUGCGCGUGGCCAAGCAGGCGGCCGCCUACCACGGCCUGACCUCUCUGCUGUCGCAGCCGUCGCCGGUCAUGGCGCGAGGACGCCCGCCGUCGCCGACUGGCCGUCUGCUUGACCAGCUGGGGUUUGACCGGUUUGUGGGCCUGCCGGCGUCGCCGCCGCUGCUCUGCUCGCCGGACGUGUCCUCGCCGCACCGCCAUUCGCCCGACCGGCGGCUCUCACAUCCGGGCACGGGCGGCGCCGGCCGCGCCGACGGCCGGCGCGCCUCGCAGCCCUGCGUCGUCGUAGACGAGGCGGACGACGGGUGUGAACAGCUCGCCGCAGCCGGGCCGUCGCUCGCCGCGCGCCACGUGCCUCACCUCUACACCAGCAACGCCUCGCUCGACACGGACUGUGACGGGCAGGAGACCGGCGGCGGCGGCGGCGGCGUGCAGCGGGCCAGCGGACGGGACGCCGCCCGGUCGCCGGCCAGGAUCCAGCCCUCCAAGUCGGUGCCGUCGCUCAGCUCGGGCGCCGGCCCUGGUGAGCUGUCGCCGAUGGCGAUGGCCCGGUCCGUGUCGGAGCACGACCACCUGCGCUACCUGCCGCCGGAGAACAACAGUCACAACAAUCUGCUGCUGCGGCACGGCACGCCUGCGCAGACGCCCGAGCGGCCCGGCCCUGCCAGACAGAACGGGGUGGCGGCCGAGCCGGGUCUGGACGGCCGACAGCUGGAGAUGCGGCGAAUGCAGCAGGAGCUGGAGGCGCAGUUCAGCGAGCCGACGCCGCCGCCGCCGGCCGCCGAGCCAGCGCUGGAGUCGGAGUCGCAGCCAGAGCCCAGUCGCACCACUCUGAAUGUGGUCUCGACGCCCGGCGUGAUCGGCGCCCAGGAGGUGUACCGGGACCCCCGCGCGCGCCGCCUGGCCCAGAUGGACAGCCACCAGCGGCCGGCCGGCAGUCCGCUGCCCGAGCGGCUGUCCUUCAAGGAGAAGAUGAAAAUGUUCGCCGUAGAGUCGGGCGAGCCAGCCACGCCGUGCCAGCGCACCACCACCAGCAGCCGGCAGCGGGAGAUCGAGCAGCGGGCGGCCGGCGCGAGCCCGCCCUGAGGCGCCGGCUGUGCGCCCGUCCUGCUGUCGCCGCCGCCGCCGCCGCCGCCGCCGCCGCUGUCGCCGUCACCGGAGCAUCUCGCCACCAUGCCGGCCGGACGUGGGCGGUAGUCACCUGUACAUGGCUGCCGGCCGUGCGGGCUCGCGUGGCUGCCGUGUGACAGAUGACCGCCGAGCAAUGGGGCUGGUUCGCACGCGCGCGCCGGCGCCGGCCGCGUGUCGCCCCCAGGGUGGCGCGCUCGAGGUGGGACUAGUUUCUUAUCCGGCUGCUGCGACCGCCCGGGCCGGCCUUCGGAGCGGCGGAUGUUGUCCGCCGGCUGCCGCCGACCGAUGUUGGUUUUGUUACCGUUGGCCCUCGGUGUGAGCGGCUCUGAUAAUGCACGGGCCUACAAUGUGUCCCUGUUUUGCCGGCGGAUGUCGCGGCGUUGUGGAUCUCGCGAACCGUCGGCGCGCCCCGGCGCCCACUUUGUUCUUAAUCAUGACGAGAGGCGCUGAUGCGCAUGCGCGCCGUGCUCGGCUGUACCGAUGCUGACUGUAAGUUAUUCGUUUUCAUCACUGUGCCGCCCGCCGCGGCGCCCGUCACGGCAGGUGCCUGAGCGUCGUAUUUGUCUUGCGCGACGUCCCACCAGUCUUGCAGCGGGGGAGAGCGCCCGCCUUUCCUGACCCGCUGCGCUCGGGCCAUGUAUAGCAGCGGGCUCCGCGUCGGCCCUGCGCCACCCGGCUUCCCCUCUGUGUUGGCGCCGUUUCCCGCCGCGUGCGCGCCGUCCGUUCGGUCCGCUUAUGGCUCCGUCCUCACACCCCGUGGCCGCGCCGCGCGAGAGAGCGAGCGAUGCCCUCCGUCUUGCCGGGGCGUUUGUCGUGCAGCUGGUCUGGCGGCCGCCGCAGGCACAUCGCAGCCGGCGAGAGCUGUCCGUCCCCAUGCGUAGACGCCGUCCCGUAGCCAGCCCCGCACCCGUGGUCCGCCACCCUCGCGCAACUUGGCCAGUCGGCCGCGCCUCGCGCGCGCGCCCCUUGUUAGUCGCUGCUCACCAUCACCCAUCACGGUCGGGCGUGCUUCGCUCCCCGCACCAUCACCGCUCGCGCCGUCACAUCCGUCGUGGGCACGCGCACCGUCUCCGCUGCUGCCACCGCGUAUUGUUAUUGCAGACCAAAUACACAUAUCCCUCGA